UCUCCGCUUAAAAACGCUCCCAAUCGUUGGUGUGGCUGCAUGGCGACCGAGCCUUUCACAAUUUCUCGCUUUUUUCUUUUUUCAAUGCACAAUGACUAGCACUCAAUGGACAUGGCCAUCGAUUUUUAAAGCAUUUGCCGUUGUUGCAGGUCUAAUUGUUCAGUCAACGUGCGUUGUACUGGUACAGCUGCUGUCUCUGUUGAUUCUUCCUUUUUCUGCAAAAGCAUACCGUCGCUAUAUUGCACAUACCAUGCGCAUGUGGUCGCUGAAUCUAGUAGCUUUGGUGCAAUUCCUUGCACCCAGCGAUCUGGUGGUGACUUUUGAUGAAAGCUGUGUGGACGAUUCCAAGGCUACUGUCGACACUGCCAUCGAUGUAGAAAAGCUCGUUCAGCGCAAUCACAAAGGUGAAGUAACUGGCUUCAAUUUCCCCAACCGUAUUAUCGUCACAGCAAAUCAUCAGAUAUAUGCUGACUGGAUAUACAUAUGGUGUGUUGCAUACAUGGCUAGUGCUCACGGUGCAAUGAAGAUCAUUCUGAAGGACAGUUUAAAGUCGCUCCCCAUUUUUGGCUGGGGUAUGCAAUUCUUUGAUUUUAUCUUUCUGAAGCGCAAACUUGCGGUCGAUCAAAAGACAAUUGUGGACAAUCUCAAGCACUCCAGCAAGUCCGGUGAUCCUUUAUGGCUCGUUUUAUUUCCAGAGGGAACAGUCAUUUCCACCUGCACACGUGAGCGCUCUCGACAAUUUGCGGAGAAAAACAAAAUGGAAGACAAUCGGUACACACUGUUGCCUCGAGCUACUGGCUUGCGACUUUCUACUUUGACAUUGGAUGAAAGUGUGGAAUGGCUAUACGACUUCACAAUUGGAUACAGUGGUAUUCCGUCGGAGGCAAACCCUGAGGAUGUCUACACUAUCCAAGGGAUCUUUUUCUUUGGCCAUCGUCCAAAGAACGUGCACAUUCACAUCCGCCGGUUCCGUGUCAGCGAAUUACCCAAGGAUAUGGACGCAUUCAGUAGCUGGAUAUAUCAGCGUUGGAUAGAAAAGGAUGAGCUCAUGGCCUACUUUUAUAAGCACGGAAAGUUUCCUUCUGGGGCGGACCAUACAUCUGCGAGCUCAGAAUUGCAAGUUCCGAUCCGUCUAACCCAUUCCGUAGUAGACCUAAUCCAACCAUGGAUUGCCCUACUUCCGUAUAUUCCCAUCAUCAAGUGGACGUGGCAACUUUUUGACAAACUUGGCCAGUCCUUUUCAUUUUCACCGUCAUCAUCAUCAAUAGUGGCAUAGCAUUUUUUUUGUAAGUUACUGUAAUUUGUAGAGUGGAUAAUGGCAGAAAUAAAAAACAUGUUUG